UAUUUUGACCUUAAUGGUUAUUAUGUUUGAAUCCAAAUAGAUCAUGCGAUCAUUUUUUUCAAGUUUAAUUUUUUUUUUCCUAAAUAAUUAUCACCAUGAAUAAAACUAAAACUCAUGAACAACAACGAUUCAACAUUGAACAUUGUAUCGAUUGGAUUAAUCAUAUUCAACCUCGAAAUGUUUGCCUAUAUUUUUUGCCCAAAUUUUAUCAAUAUGCCAACCAAAUCGUUAAACGAUUACAAGAUCUUCCAGAUAUUCGAUUUUUUAUAACGGUAACCUGUACAACUGGUCCGGAAACGUUACCAUUCCGUUUACAGGAUGCUAAUAGCCAGAUCGAUGCUGCCAUCUAUUUUGGUUGUGAUUGUCUUUGUCCGGAAAGAUAUUCAAAGACUUUGCCCAUGUUAUUCGUCUCUUUUAUUCCUUCUGAUGAUGAAUUAGAUUACAUUAUUGGAUGCAUAGAUCAAGAAUUUCGUGAUUCAUCUAAUAUAAAUGUUUUAUUAAUGUCUGAUCUAACGCAUUCGUCAUUUUUGACUCCGCUUGCCAAUAAGAUUCAAAAAUGCGAUUUGUUUAACAACAAAAUCGAAAUAACCAAAUUCGUAAAACCCCUGCAAGAAAAUUGGUAUCUAGAGCCAAACGUUUCCAAUCUAUUUGACGAAACUGACGCAUUUUCAAUAGUGCAAUAUCCAUAUCGAUUCAAAAAUAAUUUUAACUAUUAUGAAGUCGUUGUGUUUAUCGGUGAAUGUCAAGAUUUGGAGAUGAUCAUCAGCUGUCGAAAAAUGUUAAUGAUUGAUCCUAUGAAAGAAAAUUUACGAACGCUAGACGGUGCUAAAGAAUUUCGAAAACGUAUAUCAUUAAUAGAAAAAUUUAAAAUUGUCAGUAAUAAAUCAAUAGGAAUUGUUUAUAAGGAUUUUCAAUCAUCUAUCUCGUCAUCACUGAAGAAUGCUAAAUACUUGUCUAAACGGGCCAAAAAGCUACCAUAUUUCAUUUCAUUGAAUCAAUCGGAUUUUGAAUCAAGAUUGGGAAAUUUCACUCAGCUAACUGGUUUUGUAUUUAUCAAUGUUUGUCGUUGUGAAUAUCAAAUGGCAACAGAACUUGCUCGUUAUCUAUAUCCUGUAAUUUUUUGGAAAGAAUUUCAGAUUGCCUGUGGUUUAAAUCUAAUAUAUGGUGGUAUCGAAUGGAACGAAAAUUGUGACAUCACUUAUGAUGAAGAUUGUGAGAAUGAAUCUGAAUCGAAUGAAAGCAAUUUGAUCAUCAUUGAACGUAAUCAGCAACAAAAAUUGUGUUCUAAUGAUUCAUGGUAUGGAUUAAUUGUUGAUGCUGGAUCAACUGAAAUCGAAUCGAUCAAACAAGGUCGCUCAGGUAUUGCUUCAAAUUAUGAUAAUGAACAGGAAUUAUUUUGAUUUUAAAGUAUGAGGAAGUGAUUCGAUAAAAUAAAAUAAAAGAAUUUUUUGAAAAAAAAGUUUAGUGGGA